CGAGUGCUUUAUACAAGAUAUAACGGUAUUCUGUUACUAAAUGUUCGUUGCUCUUCGCACUGCCACCGCCAACAUUCCACAAUGAACUUCUCAGUCAAGCUCAAUGUUUCUCAGCCUCAUCUGCCUCAACUCCCAGCCUCGGUCUCAAGCAACAACGUUCGAAGUCCAGCUGCUGCUUUGGCAUCUCAAUUUACCCAAAACUCAUUUGUAGGACUGAAAUACCAGUUACCCAUUUCAAUCACGGUCGAUGAAGUGAACUGCAGGUCUCAAAUUGAAGAAUUGGCUGAUCUCCUGCGUGACUCUGGGGAUAGAGGUUCUAUCAGGGAAGCAAAGGCCAUUCAUGGGUAUGUGCUAAAGUCUGGUUUUGUAGAUGAGGACUUGUUGGUUUUAUUGAACCAUGUUCUUCGUGUGUUCACCAAAUGCUCAGAUUAUACUGCUGCUUGUCAGGUGUUUGAUAAAAUGUUUCAAAGAAACAACGUCUCUUGGACUAUAAUGAUAUGUGGGUCUACAGAGAAUGGUUUUUACCUCGAUGGUUUUCGGUUCUUCUACGAAAUGCUUGACAGUGGAGUCUUGCCUGAUAAAUUUACGUUUUCUGCAAUUAUACAGAAUUGUAUUGGCUUAGAUUGUCUGGAAUUGGGUAAAAUGGUGCAUGCGCAGGUUAUUGUAAGAGGCUUUGCAUGUCAUACUUUUGUAAGUACGGCACUGCUUAACAUGUAUUCAAAGUUGGGAGAGAUUGAGAAUUCGAGUUUGGUUUUCCGUUUAAUGACCGAAAAAAAUGAAGUCUCUUGGAAUGCAAUGAUAUCAGGGUUUACAUCAAAUGGCCUUUAUUUAGAAGCCUUUGAUCUUUUCUUAAGAAUGAAGGAUGAAGGAAUUACGCCAAAUAUGUAUACGGUUGUUAGUGUCUCAAAAGCAGUGGGGAAAUUAGGUGAUGUUGAUAAAGGCACGGAAGUGCAUCAGGUUGCCUCUAAUUUGGGUGUGGAGUGUACUGUUCUUGUUGGAACUGCUCUUAUUGAUAUGUAUUCAAAAUGUGGAUCUUUGAAUGAUGCAAGGUCUAUUUUUGACAAGAAUUUCGACGCUUGUGGGGUUAACAUGCCAUGGAAUUCAAUGAUUUCAGGGUAUUCCCAGUGUGGGUGUAGCCAAGAAGCUUUGGAACUCUACGUGACAAUGUGUCAGGAGGAUAUAAAAGCAGAUCUUUACACUUUUGGUAGUAUAUUCAAUGCAAUUGCUGCUCUAAAGAAUUUGAGGUUUGGAAAGGAAGUUCAUGCAAUGGUUUUGAAGUAUGGAGAUGGUUUGAUGGUUACUAAUGUUCAAAAUGCACUUGCUGAUGCAUAUGCUAAAUGUGGAUCUCUUGAAGACGUUGUGAAGGUCUUUGACAGGAUGAAAGAGAGAGACAUAGUAUCUUGGACGACAAUGGUGACUGCUUACGCCCAUUGUUCUGAAUGGGAUGAGGCACUGUUCACUUUCUCCCGGAUGAGGGAAGAUGGUUUCGCACCUAACCACUUUACCUUCUCCAGUGUGUUUGCAUCAUGUGCUAGCCUGUGUUUACUGGAUUAUGGUAGGCAAGUCCAUGGCAUUUUGUGUAAGGCUGGGCUGGACAGUGACAUGUGCAUAGAGAGUGCACUGAUAGACAUGUAUGCCAAAUGUGGGGGUAUAGCUGAUGCAGGAAAAGUGUUCAAGAGGAUUCCUAGCCCUGAUAAUGUAUCGUUGACUGCAAUGAUUUCUGCUUAUGCUCAACAUGGUUUCACAGAGGAUGCACUUGAUCUUUUUAUGAGAAUGGAGCAAUUGGGUAAGAAACCCACCGCGGUUACCUUAUUAUGUGUUUUGUCUGCUUGCAGUCAUGGAGGUAUGGUUACGGAGGGCCUACGUUAUUUCAAGCUGAUGGAGGAAAAAUACGGUUCAGAACUUGAUAUGGAACAUUAUGCAUGCGUUGUUGAUCUCUUAGGUCGAGUUGGACGACUGGAUGAUGCAAUGGAGUUUGUAAGAAGUAUGCCAAUCAAUCCCAAUGAAAUUAUCUGGCAAACCUUGUUAGGAGCAUGUAGGAUUCAUGGCAAUAUUGAGUUGGCAGAAGUUGCGGCAAUGAAAGUUCUCUCUGCUAGACCUGAGCACUCAGCUGCAUAUGUUCUUUUGUCGAACACAUAUAUCGAGACCGGGAGUCUUGCCGAUGGACAUUUUCUAAGAGAUGUCAUGAAAAAACGAGGUGUGAAGAAGGAACCAGGUUAUAGUUGGAUUUCUAUUGAAGGUGGAAUUCACAAAUUCUAUUCAGGAGAUGAACGACAUCCAGAAAAAGAUGGCAUAUAUACAACAUUAGAAGACCUGAAUCAAAAAGUCAAGUCCAUGGUCUGUGCAAGAAGCUUGAGCUGUACUAUGUGAAAAAGUGGCAACAAUUGACAUGGGAUAAUGCAAGUUUAUUCAACUUUCACAUUCGAAAAAGAAAAUGGCUAUUGUAUAACAGUUAUGAUACGGAUACAGCUGACAUCUCAAUUAUCCCAGCUGUUGAGUUGUAUGCACGCAUGCAUAGGAUUUUAUGUGAAAGUUCCAAUACUCUAUGCAUUUAUGCAACAAUACAUAAAAAA